AUGACCACCCGGUCUCAGAAUAAUAUAGUGAAACCAAAACAGCUCAUGGAUGGCACAGUCAGGUACCCUUUGCCACAGUCUUUUCUUGCUAUUACAGAAGCGACCCUUUUUCUCUUCUCCUUCACUCCAUCAAUCCGAUCCGACCCACUUCCCUCAUCUCUCUCCUACCGACCUGAACCCACUUUCAGACAACUGAAAUCCACUUACGUUGACACCAUUUCACUGUCUGCUGACCGCCCCGUCAGCUUCCAUGAUCUUCUCGGCAUAUCCGAAAAAACUGGAACCCAAUUGGAGAUCAAACGAGCAUACAAACAGCUAGCCAGGAAAUACCACCCGGACGUGUCGCCUCCUGAUAGAGUCCAGGACUAUACUGAGAGGUUUAUUCGGGUCCAGGAGGCCUAUGUAACGCUGUCGGAUCCUAGGAUGAGGGCCUUGUAUGAUAGAGACAUGGCUAAGGGACUCCACCUUGCAUUUUCUGCCCGUGGACGUACGUAA